UCAUCACCAGAUAACAUAAACAUGGCCAUUUAUCAAAAAGCUUUUGAUAAAGUCCCUUAGGAAAGGGACUGAAAAUAAAACUGCCAAUCAUAACAGUGUUAUAUAAAUUGAUGGUGUGACCAGAUUAUAGUACGAACAUUUCUGGUUGUCAUACAUAAAAAAUACUAUCUUAGAGCUGGAAAAGGUGUUGGAAAAGGCAACCAAAAUUAUAGAAAGGCAGGACCAUUUCCCAUAUAAGGAAAGGUUACAACAUCUGGGGCUUUUUAGGUUAGAAACAGUGCAUAAAAUUAUGCAUGGUGUGGAUAAAGUGGAUAGAGAGGCUUUCUCCCCUUCCCAUAAUAUUAGAACCCAAAGUCAUCUACACAGCACAUAAACUAUUGAAUUUUAUCCCACAAGAUUUAAAAUUGGCCACCAACUUGCACAAACAUAAAAAGAAUAAGACAAACUAUUGGAGGAUAAGGCUAUCAAGGCUGCCAGUCAUUAUAGAUGUAUGCUGCCUCUAAUAUUGGAGGUGAUAUGUGACUGAAUAACAGUUGCUGGGAAACACAAAUGUGGAAAAUGCUAUUGUGCUUGCAUUGUGUUUGUGGGCUUCCCAUAGGCAUCUGCUUGGCUAAUGUGAGAACAGUGUGGUAAACUAUUUGUUUAUGGUUUGAUCUAGCAGGGCUCCACUUGUUAUUAGAGGUUCCACAAUGCUCUUUCUUAUCCUUCACCCUAUUUAACACCUUAAUGAAGCUACUGCGGGAGGUUAUAUGGAUAUUUCAGAUACAGAAUAAUCAGUAUGUUGAUGACACCCAACCCUGUCUCUCAUUUUCAGCUGAACCAAGGGAGGUAGUUGAAAUAGUGAACUGUUCAUUGUUGUGAAGGACUGGAUGCUGUACAAGAAGCUGAAACUUAAUUCACAGGGUACAGAAGUAGCAUUGGUAGGUGGACUAACAUGACUAACAUCCCCUCAAUUCCUUUGUCCAAGUUAUUGAUAAAGACAUUGAACAACAAUGGGCCCAGGACAGAACUCCGCUUGUCAUUUUUAACCCAGAAUGAGAAGAAACCAUUAAUGAGUACUUUUGGGUUCGGUCAGUCAGCCAGUUACUUCAUUCAAGCCACAUUUUACCAGCUUCCUCGCAAGAAUAUCACUGUGUGUGUGUAUUUGUACAAAGCCUUACUGAAAUCAAGAUACACUGUGUCCACAGCAUUCCCCUGAUUCACCAAGAUUGUAACUCCAUUUAAAAAAAAAGAAAUGAGAUUUGCCUGGCAUGACUUGUUUUUAAGGUAUAAAUGAUAUGAAAGGGAAAACACAGUUUUUGUGAUAUGGUAGUCUGGACACCUGUAAGUUCACAUUAUCUGAAGAAGAGAAAGACCUUGCAGAGCAAGCGCAGACCUGCAUGUAAAGUAAACUGUAUGAGUCAUUUAACAAUGCCUUUUGAAUGCUGAUGGUUACCUGAAAUACAUUAGGAAGAGGUGGAGGCAAACCAAUAGGUGCCAAAUCAAUUUUAUCUUUGUAAGCAAAGUGUUCCUCUACGUCAACUUUCGAAGUCUCUAGGCUUCAUGUUCAAGAGACAUUAAACUCAACGCCAGCUUGAAAACUGCUCUAUCCAAGGUAGCCCCUGGUCGGUGAGGCAUAUUGUACGUGUUGCCUGUGGGGCAGCGUCUUCCAGCUCUAGCGCCUGGGAACGUGCACCUGCUGCCUUUUCUUUUAAUUAUUAAUCUGAGGGCAGAAGAGCUUUGCCGGUGCUCUGCCGCUGCUCCGUUCAUAGAACAUGAGACGCUCCGGGAAAACAGCGCUGCGCAAUGUCAAGCGAGCGAGCCGGAGGAGGCGGGAGUGGGAGCCAGCGAGAGGCGCGUGAGCAGAGCCAUUGUCAAUAUGCUAGCGAAGGGGGGAAGGGCGAGAAACGCGAAGGCUUGUGAAGAGCUGCGGGGGGACGACGACGACGCGGAGAUCGGCCCAAGCGGCAGCCUUUCUCCCUCAACUCUCAGACUUGUGGCUCCGCCUUUCAAUUGAUUGACAAAAAGGCCAGCGUUUCAGAUUCGGCGUUUGGGCGGGCUCAAUGAUGAAGGGCGAAAAGGCGGGACGAAGUCUAACCAACGGUGACGAAUGUAAGAGCGAUGGGCGGGGCUACAACCUGAAUGACAGCUCAGGAGAUAAACAAGCUCCAGCGCGAGACCCUCAAUCGACCGACCUCGGCCGUACCCCGUUCCCCGCCCCGCCGCUUAAGAGUGUGACUGCGACUCAUUGUUCUGCAGGCGGACAAAUGAAGCAAAGAGAGACUCCGCCGUCUCCCUUCUAAGCAACCGUCUGACUCUCCCGCCACUGCCCGGCAACGUGAAGAGUCAGCAACUUCCCACCACCCGCUCAGCAAUAACCGGGGAGCGGUUUGCAAUGCGCAGGCGCACACAGGCUUCGGUGCUGCAAGCGACGCCGGGAACUGUAGUCUCCGCUUCCUCAACCUUCCCCAGACGCCUUCGAGCUCGCGCUUCCUCCGAUACUACCAAGCCCAGAAUCCCUUGCGGCCCUAACUAUUGGAAGCCCUAGUUGAAGCGGGUGGCGGCGGAGCGGACUCCCCCCCCCCCAAAAAAAAACCCAAAACAAGGAAAUGGUGCCCAGUGCGGUGGCUUCGUGCCCCUGACGCUCGCGCGGCCGCUGGUCCCGCCGCCUCAUCCCGCCCUCCCUGCGGCCGCCCCUUCCAUGGGUGAGAGACAUGGACUACGAGUUCAAAUCCAAGCUGGCGGCCGAGCGCGAGCGGGUGGAGGAUCUGUUCGAGUACGAGGGGUGCAAAGUCGGCAGAGGCACCUACGGGCACGUCUUCAAAGCGCGGCGCAAGGACGGAAAAGAUGAAAAGGAGUAUGCAUUGAAGCAGAUUGAAGGUACAGGGAUAUCCAUGUCGGCAUGUAGAGAAAUAGCACUUUUGCGAGAACUGAAGCACCCUAAUGUGAUUGCAUUACAGAAAGUUUUCCUUUCCCAUAGUGACAGAAAAGUGUGGCUGCUGUUUGAUUAUGCCGAACAUGAUUUGUGGCAUAUUAUCAAGUUCCAUCGUGCCUCAAAAGCAAACAAGAAACCCAUGCAGUUGCCAAGAUCUAUGGUGAAAUCACUACUUUAUCAGAUUCUUGAUGGAAUUCAUUAUCUUCACGCAAAUUGGGUGCUUCACAGAGACUUAAAACCAGCAAAUAUUCUGGUAAUGGGAGAAGGUCCUGAAAGAGGAAGAGUUAAAAUUGCUGAUAUGGGCUUUGCACGGUUAUUCAACUCACCUCUUAAGCCACUUGCAGAUCUGGAUCCAGUUGUGGUGACGUUCUGGUACAGAGCCCCAGAAUUGUUACUUGGUGCAAGGCACUACACAAAGGCCAUUGAUAUAUGGGCCAUUGGCUGCAUAUUUGCUGAGCUAUUGACUUCAGAACCUAUCUUCCACUGUCGUCAGGAAGACAUCAAAACAAGCAAUCCUUUUCAUCAUGAUCAACUUGAUCGCAUAUUCAGUGUAAUGGGAUUUCCUGCAGAUAAAGACUGGGAAGACAUUAGGAAGAUGCCAGAAUAUCCUACACUUCAAAAGGACUUUAGGAGAACAACGUAUGCCAAUAGUAGCCUCAUAAAAUAUAUGGAAAAACACAAAGUUAAGCCUGAUAGCAAAGUAUUUCUUUUGCUUCAAAAACUUCUCACUAUGGAUCCUACAAAAAGAAUUACCUCAGAGCAAGCUUUGCAGGAUCCCUACUUCCAGGAGGACCCACUGCCUACAUCAGAUGUUUUUGCUGGCUGCCAGAUUCCUUACCCAAAACGAGAAUUUCUCAAUGAGGAUGAACCUGAGGAGAAGGGGGAUAAGAAUCAACAGCAGCAGAACCAACAUCAGCAACAAACAGCACCUCAGCAGCAAGCAGCACCUCAGCAGCAGCAGAACAGCACCCAGACAAAUGGAACUACAGGGGGAGGUGGAGCAGGAGGUGGCGGUACUGGGGCAGGUCUCCAGCAUAGCCAGGACUCCAGCCUCAACCAGGUGCCUCCAAAUAAGAAACCACGCAUAGGGCCUUCAGGCACUAAUUCAGGCGGGCCUGUCAUACCUUCGGAUUAUCAGCACUCCAGUUCACGCCUGAGUUACCAAAGCAACAUUCAGGGAUCUUCUCAGUCCCAGAGUACAAUGGGCUAUUCUACAUCAUCUCAGCAGAGCUCUCAGUACCAUCAGUCUCACCAGUCGCACCGAUACUGAGGAGAGCACAUAGACGGUGUUAGAAAGGAAUGAACUAGCAGUUGGCGGACUCCAGCAAUAUGAAGUUCAUAACCAUGAGAAGAACCAAAAAUGCAAAACUGUGAUGCAGAUUUUAAAGUUAACAAUUAUAAAAGGAGAACUUUUAUUAACUAA